AUGUGUUGUGGAAAUUUGUGCUUUUUGGUUGUCGGCUGCAGAACAAAGUCUAAGAAGAUAGAUAAGCCAGAAGGAUAUCCAGCAGCACCAAAAAGGAUCAUCUGCUCCCAUUGCGGAAACAUGGCAGAUUCUGAAUACAGAAGGUAUAGCUACAGGUGCCAUCUUUGCUUUAUCCCAUGCCUUCCAUGCGGACGAAGCGAUCCGUAUCUUGCAUGUGUUGCAUGCGGAAGAGAUCUAGGAAACAUUGGCGAUCAUAGGUGCAGCAAUUGUGACGUUGCAACCACGUAUGAAACAAACAACUGCCCAAACUGUGGAGCAUCAAAACGAGGAGGUGCAUCAAGUGGGGGAUAUAGAAGAUUAGACACAAGAUAG